AUGUCUGUACAGAAAGGAAAAGGGGAGCCAGUGACUGAGCUGAGUUGGUCCUCCUGCCGGCAGCUUCUCUACCAGUCAGUGGCCACCAUCCUGGCUCACACAGGCUUUGAGUGUGCCAAUGAGAGUGUCCUGGAGACCCUGACAGACAUUGCCCACGAGUACUGCUUGAAGUUCACCAAACUGCUGCGCUUUGCUGUGGAUCGAGAAGCUCGACUUGGGCACACCCCUUUCCCCGACGUCAUGGAGCAGGUCUUCCAUGAAGUGGGCAUUGGCAGUGUGCUCUCGCUGCAGAAGUUCUGGCAACACCGCAUUAAGGAUUAUCACAGCUACAUGCUUCAGGUUAGCAAGCAGCUCUCUGAAGAAUAUGAGAAGAUUGUCAACCCUGAAAAGGCAGCAGAAGACACAAAGCCUGUGAAGAUUAAGGAGGAACCUGUUAGUGAUAUUACUUUCCCCAUAAGUGAGGAGCUGGAAGGAGAUCUGGCUUCUGGUGACCAGUCUUUGCCUGUUGGAGUCCUUGGAGCUCAAAGCGAGCGCUUCUCUGCCAACUUGGAAGUAGAAGCUUCCCCACAGACUUCAGGGGCUGAGGUCAAUGCUUCCCCACUCUGGAACUUGGCACAGGUAAAAAUGGAGCCACAGGAAAAUGAGGAGGCUAAUGUACAUGGCCAUGGGGUCCUAGGCAGUGACGUUUUUGAGGAACCGAUGUCAGGCAUGAGCGAAGCUGGGAUGCCACAGAGCCCCAAUGGCUCUGAGAGCAGCUACGGUUCUCAUUCUGCUGACAGUCUGAUGGGAUCCUCACCUGUCUUCAACCAGCGCUGCAAGAAAAAGAUGAAGAAGAUGUGAAAAGAGACAGUCUUUUUAUUUAGUCCUGAUAGUAUGUAAUAGACUUGAAAUGAACUAAGAGAGUACUGUGAUGGCUAUAAUUCAUAAGCAGGGCUGGCCCUGGUGUAUGAGAGACCUUGCACAAAAUUACCAUGAAAGGUGUGAUGUGUAGUGCUCUUCAGCUCCCUGCUUUGCUGGCUUCUGUACUCCAUCCUGACUCAUGAGAUUGAAGAUCACCCUAUACAUUUGAUGGUGGCAUGGCCUGC